AUUCACCAUUUUUGUGCAAAUCUAACUGGCCAAAUAAUCCAUCAUCUUGCAUUUUGGCUUUUAUUUGCCAAAAUGAUCAAACCAACGCAGUAGCUAGCCUUCACCAAAGACCUUAGUGAUCAUUCCAUGGCUUUUUUUCUUCCCUUUGUGGUUGUUUUCUCCCCCUAAUGUGGGUUGAACUUUUGGUCCUCUGAUCUGUUUGUUCAGAUCUGGAGAUGUAUUGUGCUAAAUAGCAAAGGAGGCUUGAUUCGGUUGAACUGCUCUUCUUCAAACCCUUCGUCUACCUCCUUGUUUUGCCUUGCAGAUCUGGGUGAUUCGGAGAUGUGGCCGUUGACGUUGGCUUGGACUCGGCUUGAAGUUCUUGGAGACAGAAGAUCAUUCUCAUGGCUUCGCCACCGAUCGUCCUUUCGACACGCGUUCUCUUCGGUGCUCUAGGCUUCGGGGAGAAGUUGUUGUUUGGUCCGAUGAAGGUUGGUCGGAGGUGGCUCGGUUGUUCCCGUCUCCCUUUGUUCGGAUUGGGUGCUCUAGCGCUUCCUUUUCAUCAUCUCCGACUUCUGUUGGUGGGGGAGUUGUUGCUUGCAGAUCCAGUGGCGGUGGGAGUCAUGGGGGAGCAUCACCAGCUAGGGUUUGGGGAGUAGAUCUCUUAGUUGGGCUUCUGGGUCUGGGCCCUAUUGGGUAACCGACCAUUUGUAUGGGGCUUGGCCUUUGGGUCUGCUUUUUCUUUCUUUGGCUGAUUAUGCUCUCUUGUUCUUUUCCUCUGGGCUUGGCCCAUUUGCUAUUUAAUGAAUCCAUUUGUCAAAAAAAAAAAAAACCAAAGACCUUAGUGAAUUUGUUGGUGUUCCGCUACGCUGCAGCGGCGACACAACUUUGUUUGGUCCAAGUAAUAUGGCUUUAAACCAUGACCAAGAUCAAUUUUUUUUUACUUGCUGCCGACGCUACAGCAAUCAUUUUAGGGCUAUUUGCUCUCUUUCUUUGCCCGCAAUGCUGCGGCAAGUUCCCAAUGCCGGUUGGACUCUUUUUUAUCACCCACCAGCAGUGCGACCUCAGAGAAAUAAAAUAAAAUAAAUUCA